UUUGUCAAAAUCGAUAUGAAAUUUUUGUAACUUAGAAAAUGUAGAAAAAAUACAAUACAAAAAAAAACAAACAAAAUGGCUUGCGAGGUGUGCGAACAUUGCAAUUCCCCUGUGCGACCAGGCGAGGGAACCAUACGAGAUGGGUUCAGUUAUCACGAUCGCUGCAACAAGUGUUACGUUUGCAGCGAAACUAAUUUACACAACGCGGAAGUGUUCAAGGGCGUUAUAUUCUGCUCCGGAUGUUCGCGACGGAUCUUCAAAGGUUGUUCCACAGCACGCAAGGUUAAGACUGGUAACAAGCGGCGCAGGGGGAGGACGCGUUAUCGACAGGGGCAUGAGAAUAGGGUCAUUGAACUCGCUAGAUUAAAUUCGUUGGUGAGUGAUAGCAAUUCGGGAACGUCAAAAUUAAGCAAACAACCGAGCGAUGUAACAAAAAUAUUGAAAGAGUCUCGGGUUGAAAUUAAAGAAGAUAGCUUGAAGAAGGCCAGCGUUGAUAUGGCAACAACGACGGACGUGACUCAAGAACUGUUACAAAAUAUAUAUUCACCUGUCGAUAGCAAUGAAAAAAUGUUCGCGUCGCCAGCUAAGCCGAGAAAAAAAUGUAAAAAUGAAGUCGUACAAAGCAAAAAAAAUAUGGACAGCGAUAUAAGAAUAGCAGCUAACGUGGGUUCUAUCCACUGGGUUGAUGUAUGUGGCGAUUCCGUUUCAGAGCUCGGCGCCUCGAGAGAGAUGGCUCACGUUGCUCUGAGGAGACGAUCGGAAGUUCCGGUGAUCAUACAAUCUGAGUCGUAUCUACGUCACAUGAGAUCAAAGAAUAGAUCAUACAUGGCUCAAGAAUCGGAUACUUCUGGCGAUACUAAAUAUUCAAAAGGAAACGUUAACAAGCACUGGUUGGACAGACGAUUCAGAAGUAUAAUGAAGCUACCAUAUAAAAUUUUUAAGAAGAACAUUUUAAAUCGGAGCUCUCUCGUCAAUACAUUAAGCAGCGAUGAUAAGGAAUGUAUAGCUAGAAGAUUCAAAAUCCUAUUUCGUUACGAUAUUACUGAACACCAGUGUCGAGGACUCAAGAGGUUGUUUUCAACGAUAAAUAGCAAAAAAAUACCUUAUAGAUUGGGUUGGUUAGAAAUUAUGACCGAAAUUCCAGAAAAUUCUGGAUGUAAACACAUUCGGAAUUCUCACAGUUAUCGAUGUAUGCGCAAUCAGGUGAUGAAGUCAGCCGGUCCAACUCGGAGCGAAUUGGCUGAAUUCAGAAGGAAAUUGAAGAAUUUUAUUUUUUUCGAUUUUCUUAAAGAUCUGCAUAACUUCAAUAAGCAAUUUUUAUAUAUGCUGACGUCACAAGCUUGUAAACAAGAAUCGAUUGCUUACACACAAUAAUAUAAUACGUUGAUAAAAUUGUUGUUUCUUUUAUAUAUAAUAUAUGACACCA